AACAACGCCCCCCACCCCCUCCCCCCGUCCCCACCCGAACUCUCCGGGUCUUCAACAAGCAGCGACCAGCGGGGGAAGAGCCGUGGGUCGGGAAAGUGCAAACGUUAACGCCACGUCGACUAAAACAAACAAACUCAACAGUUGUUUCAGUCUCUCGGAGUUUUCACCGUGAAUCAUGCUGGACCCUUCCUCCAGCGAGGACACCGGCGGGGAGUCCGACCCAGAAGUUGUCCAGGCGGCUCCAAGGAAACCGUCUGCUCCCUCAGCGGGGAAACGUGGGAACACCAGCCGGGCGAGCAGCCAGCGGCGGCAGUCCUCCGCACCUGGAGCAGCCCCCGGGAAAGGUGCGAAAGACAGCAAGGCUACAGGUGACGACGACGAGGAGGAGGAGGAGGAGGAGAGGAAGGAGCGAGAGCGGAUCCAGAAUGAGGAAAAGGACAGGAAAAUUAAACUGCAUAUUUAUGUGUUCGUCCUGCGGUGCAUAGCGUACCCGUUCAACGCCAAGCAGCCCACCGACAUGGCCCGGCGGCAGCAGAAGGUGAACAAGCAGCAGCUGCAGGCGGUGAAGGAGCGUUUCCUGGCCUUCCUCAACGGGGAAACUCAGAUUGUGGCGGAUGAAGCUUUCUGCAACGCCGUGAGGAGCUACUAUGAGGGCUUCCUGAAGAGCGAGCGUGUUUCUCGGAUGGUUCAGAGUGGCGGCUGCUCGGCCAACGACUUCCGCGAGGUCUUCAAGAAGAACAUCGAGCGGCGUGUUCGCAGCCUCCCGGAGAUCGACGGCCUGAGCAAAGAGACGGUGCUGACCUCCUGGAUUGCCAAGUACGACGCCAUCUACAGGGGAGACGAGGACAUGCGGCGUCAGCCACAGCGGGCUCACCUGAGUGCCGUGUCGGAGCUCAUCCUCAGUAAGGAGCAGCUUUACGAGAUGUUCCAGCAGAUCCUCGGCAUCCGAAAGUUUGAACACCAGCUGCUGUACAACGCCUGCCAGCUGGACAAUGUGGACGAGCAGGCAGCUCAGAUCCGCAGAGAGCUGGACGGAAGGUUACAGCUGGCCGAGAAGAUUGCCAGGGAGAGGAGAUACCCAAAGUUCCUCACGGCUGAAAUGGAGCCUCUUUACGUGGAGGAGCUGCGUUCUUCUGUCAACCUGCUGAUGGCGAACCUGGAGAGUCUGCCAGUGUCUAAAGGAGGUCCGGACUUCAAACAGAAGCUCAAACGCUCCUCCAUGAACAACUCCUUCCUGGACAUGGGAGACGAGGGAGACAUCCUGUCCAAGUCUGACGUCGUUCUCUCCUUUACUCUGGAGAUUGUGAUCGUGGAGGUCCAGGGUCUGAAGUCUGUGGCUCCAAACCGCAUCGUUUACUGCACCAUGGAGGUGGAGGGAGGAGAGAAGCUGCAGACAGACCAGGCUGAAGCCUCCAGACCACAGUGGGGGACCCAGGGGGACUUCACCACGACUCACCCUCUGCCCUCAGUCAAAGUGAAGCUGUUCACAGAGAGCACUGGCGUCCUCGCCCUGGAGGACAAGGAGCUGGGCCGGGUGGUCAUGAAUCCAACCACAAAUGGGCCCAAGCAGGCCGAGUUCCACCGCAUGGUCAUCCCAAAGAACAGCCAGGACUCAGAGCUGAAGAUCAAACUGGCCGUCCGCAUGGACAAACCGCCCAACAUGAAGCACAGCGGGUACAUGUACGCUCAGGGACAGAGAGUCUGGAAACGCUGGAAAAAACGAUAUUUUGUUCUUGUUCAGGUAAGCCAGUACACGUUCGCCAUGUGCAGCUACAGAGAGAAGAAGGCGGAGCCUCAGGAGCUGAUGCAGCUGGAGGGCUACACAGUGGACUACUGUGACCCUCAGCCAGGGCUGCAGGGCGGCCGGGUUUUCUUUAACGCGGUGAAGGAAGGCGACCUGGUGAUGUUCGCUUGUGACGACGAGCAGGACCGGAUGCUGUGGGUCCAGGCCAUGUACCGAGCCACCGGACAGUCCUACAAACCGGUCCCCCCGCUGCAGAACAAAACCACCAACUGCAGAGGAGGACUCCAGAAACCAGCAUCCCCCAUCAGUCUGGAUCCGUCUCAGCGUCAGGGGGUGGAGGAGCUGAUUUCUGCAGCGCCGUGUCUCUUCGACCACGCCGCCCUCUUCACCAUCUUACAGAAAAACACUCUGCAGCACCGCAUGAGCGACUCUUUCUCCUGCCUGGGAUGGUUCAGUCCCGGUCAGGUGUUUGUGCUGGAUGAGUACUGCGCUCGGUACGGCGUUCGAGGCUGCCACCGUCACCUGAGCUACCUGAAGGAUCUGAUGGAUUAUUCAGAGAACAGCGCACUGGUCGACCCCACGCUGCUGCACUACAGCUACGCCUUCUGCGCCUCCCACGUCCACGGAAACAGGCCUGAUGGGAUGGGGACGGUGAGCGUGGAGGAAAAGGAGAACUUUGAUGCCAUCAGGAGUCGCCUCAUGGCUCUGCUGGAGAACCAGAUCACACAUUUUAGGUACUGCUUUCCCUUCGGACGACCAGAUGGGGCCCUGAAGGCAACGCUCUCCCUGCAGGAACGGGUUUUAAUGAAGGACAUCACCACGCCUGUUCCUCCGGAGGAGAUGAAGAAACUGGUGCAGAAGUGUUUGGAGAAUGCAGCUCGAAUCAACUACAGUCAGCUGAUCGAGUACGCUCAGAUCAAGGUGGACGCUCAGGCGGCUCCGGAGAAAAGACUAGAGGACAUGAUGCGACUGGGAGAGCUCUGCAUCGAAGUCCUGCAGCAGAACGACGAGCAUCACUCCGAGGCUUUCUCAUGGUGGCCGGAGCUGAUGGCGGAACACGCGGAGACGUUUCUGUCCCUGUACAGAGCCGACAUGGAUGCCGCUCUGCAGGUCCAGCCCGUCGACUCCUGGGACAGCUUCCCGCUCUUCCAGCUGCUCAACAACUUCCUGAGAACCGACCUUCACCUGUGCAACGGAGCGUUCCACAAACACCUGCAGGACCUGUUUGUCCCCCUGGUGGUGCGCUACAUCGACCUGAUGGAGUCGUCCAUCGCACAGUCCAUCCACCGCGGCUUUGAGCAGGAGACAUGGCAGUCUGUCAAGUCGUUAACUAACAAUCUAGCCAGCGUUCCUCUUCCCAAAGUCCCCAGCCUCCCUCUCACGCUGCCACAGAUGCCCAGCUUCUCAGCCCCCGCCUGGAUGGGACCGCUGUGUGAGAACACCCUGCAAGGGAUAAAUCUACCUGACAUCUUUAACGGCUCGGCCACAUCGGAGGAUUUGUUCUGGAAGCUGGAUGCUCUGCAGAUGUUUGUGAUGGACCUGCACUGGCCGGAGCCUGAGUUCGCCCAACAUCUGGAGCAGAGACUCAAACUGAUGGCCAGCGACAUGAUGGAGGCCUGUGUCAAGAGAACAAAAUCUGCAUUUGAUGCCAAAAUGAAUAAAGCGACGAAGUCAACAGACUUCAGGGUGCCGCUGUCGGUCUGCACCAUGUUCAAUGUGCUGAUGGACGCCAAGAAGCAGUGCGCCAAACUCUGCGUACUGGACACCGAUCAGGAGAUUGACAAACAAUGGCAACAGUACCACUCCAAAAUCGAUGUUCUGAUCGACGAGGCUUUCAAAGAAAUGAUUUCCUCACUGGUCACAAAGUUUGCGGCUGUUUUAGACAGCGUCCUCUCCAAGCUCUCGAGAUACGAUGAAGGGACAUUCUUCUCUUCAAUCCUCUCUUUCACAGUGAAAGCAGCUGCCAAAUAUGUGGAAGUCCCUAAACCAGGGAUGGAUCUGGCCGACACCUACAUCACCUUCAUACGGCAAAACCAGGACAUCCUCCGAGACUGCGUCAAUGACGAGCUGUACAUCGAGAAGGUGUUUGAUCAAUGGUACACGGGCUCCAUGAAGGCGGUGUGUGUGUGGCUGACAGACAGACUGGACCUGCAGCUGCACAUGUACCAACUGAAAACACUGAUCAAGAUUGUGAAGAAGACCUACCGUGACUUCAGGCUGCAGGGCGUCCUGGACGUCACGCUGAACAACAAGAGCUACGAGACCGUCUACAACCGGCUGACGGUGGAAGAAGCCACAGCAGCCGUCAAGUCGGUGGACGGCCUGCAGGGCAUCAGCAUGAGAGACAGCGAUGAGGAGGACAAUUGAACACACAUCACACCUUCCCACACCAUGUUGCUACCUGGUUAUGUUCCUCUGUAACGGAUCAGGACCUUCCAUCACUCUUAUGUUGUGGGUGAAAAGUUGCACAUGUGCAGUAGAGCUAACAUGUCAUUCAUCAGGAUUGAAGGUCCUGAUCUGGUUAGGAUGAACGCUCAGAUAGUGACACGUUCCUCGCCCCCCCCCCCCCCUUAACACGCUCAUAGCCCCGACACUGCAGAACAUGCGUGUUGAAACGAGGGAGAAUGUACAACAAACAGGAAGUCAUGGUGCGGCGUGGCAUCUGACGGACACUCUGGACGCUGCUGAGACCAACCUUGUCCUCCCUCUCGCCUGCAGGACAGGAAGCCCCGCCCUCCUCCAUGUGCAGCCAUACUCUGAUUGAUGUCACUUUGUACAGUAGAGCUCAGCGAUCGCCAAGACUGCAGCUCCUUCCUCUGUUCUUAUCAUCCACAGUUGUAGCUAAUCGUUCACAAUGGCUCCAGCAGCUCUGAAUCCCCAGAGUCUGACAACCACGCCGCCUUUUACGUCGUUUUUUAACUCACAGCAGCAAAACAUAAGCAAAAUCAACUAAAGAUGUUAUUAUGACAGGAAGCUUGGAAUUGUAAUUCUAUUUGGGAUUAUAUUUUACUCCACGUUUUUUCUUUUCUUCUAUUUGAUUAACUGAACACAACAUUUUGUCAAGUCAAAAUAUGGACGAACGGAACAGCUGGAGCAACAAAAUGUGUUCAACCUCCCUCUUUCUAACAUUUAACUACCUUCUUGAAAAGGUCAGCGUUGCAUUAUUUACACAUAUCCACAAACCUGUUAGUGUCCAAGUAUGUCAUAAUAUUUUAAAGAAGGGGCUUUUCUUCCUCCGACCAGAAAUGUUUGCUUGUCUUGUGGGCUUGCAUCUCAAGCCAACCUUUCUAACUGUUGGCCAGUUGGUUUGUCUUAAAGCUCACAGAGCUGACCAUGAACAAGCCAAGAGGACGUGUGCGCUCUAUACUUGUUUUACUUGAAUUAUUUUUAAAUUUGUUGGCGUAUCCUAGAUGUCUUAGUCUGAAAACGCUGUAUUCGAAAUAAGGCCUUAUUUCUCAAAUAUCCAAAUUGGAAUUUGCGGUUAACAUGACCCUUAUUAAACUCAGAGUCUUGUCGCUCAUUAUUGAAUUCUGUGCCCAGUACUUUCUAGAUUAAUUUCCUCUGGAUAUACAGGUUGAAUGCCCAACUGCCCAACCAACAACGGCAUUCUUUGGCCCCAUAGCGAUCCAUUCCUGUGGCUCCAUGCUCCAACAAAUCUGCCGCACACAAUUUACGUCAAAUUCCAAAGUUUUUCCUUUUAUGUAGCGAGGCAAAAGGUUAAAUGAGGGUGGUAAAUGUGUAUGUAGCAUCAAACAAUUAAUGUUUUAUGAACCAUGAUCAUGAUUGUUAUGAAAACUGUAGGGUUAUUAUGGUUUUAUUGCAGUUUAGGUCUUCAUCAUAGUUUUUUUCCCAUAAUUUCUACUAACAUUGUACUCUAAGUUAACAUCUGAGAUCUCUAAAAAUAAGUCAAGAGCAGUGGUGGAAGAAGUAUUCAGAUUCCUUACUGAAGUUAAAGUACCAAUAGCACACUAUGAAAUGACUCCACUAUAGUAAAAGUCCUGCGUUCAGAACUUACUGAAAUAAACUACAAAAGUAUCAGCAUCAAAAUGAACUUAAAGUAUCAAAAGUAAAAGUACUCGUUAUGCAGGAUGGACCCACUCAGAUUGUUUUAUAUGUUCUUAUUAUAUUAUUAUUAUUAUUGAUGGUUUUAUGUAAGCAGCGUUUUACGCUGUCAAUGUAGGGCUCAUCCUAACUAUUUAAUAUACUGUUAUGUGGUUUAAUUUAAAAACAUGCGUAACCAUUUUAAAUUGAUCAUGUUUUUAUGUUAAAUCUCGACCUGAAAAUUAGUAAAUCUGUCAGCUAAAUGUAGUGGAGUAAGAAGUACAAUAUUUACCCCUAAAAUCUAGUGAAGUAGAAAGUCACAAAUGUGGAAAUACUCAAGUAAAGUACAAGUACCUUAAAAGUCUAUUUAAGAACAAUACUUAC